AUGCCAAUCGACUUCGCUUCCAAUCAUAUCAAUCUUUUUGUCGUUUCUUUGUGUAUUAUCUUUUUUUCUUUAUUUCUUCUCCCUCCAUUCUUUCGUUUUUUCAAUUUGCACUUCUUGCCUGUCUUUCUUCCAUUCGAUGUUUCUCUAUUUCUCACCCCCCCCCUACACUUCCAUUUUUUCUUCAUUUUUUUUAAAAUAAUUAUUUCUCUUUUCUUCUUUUCUAUGUUUCCACGUGUCUUUUCUUCUUUUUCUCAUUUGUUUUUGGUUUCCUUUUCUUUUUUCUUUCAUUCCAAUCGUUGGUUUGUUUUAAAUCUUUUUUCAUAUCUUCCUAUAUUUCACUAUUCUUUAUAUUUAUAUUGCCACUUCUUCUAUAAUUUUUUCUGUCUUUAUUCUCCAUUCUUUCCAAUAUCGUCUCUUUUUUUUAUUUUCCUUUUUAUCCUUUUGCUAUCUUCCAUUUUCUUUUUCCUUUCUUUUUAUCUUUUCCCUUUGUCCCAUUUCGAUUUUUCUUUUCUCGCAUUUUUUUUUCCUUUUUGUCUUUUGUCCUUUUUUUAUUUCAAUUCCUUUUUCCCAUUUUUCCUUUUUUUUCAAUUUUUCUUCCUUUUUCUAAUUUUUUUGAUUUCAAUUUUGUCUUUUUUUCCCAUCUUACAUUUUUCUUCCUUUCUUCUUCUAUUUUCAUUCUUUUCUUUUCCUAUUUUUCUUUUUUUAAUUUUUCCAUUUUCUCAAUUUUUUUUUUCUGUAUUUGAUUUUCUUUUCCGUUUCUUCUUUCUUUUCCCUUUGUCCCUGUUUGAUUUUCUUUUCUCCUCCUCUUUUUACCUUUCUUUUCUCCUACUCUUUUUACCUUUCUUUUCCUCCUCUUUUUUAAUUUUUUCUUUCUUUUUUAAAUUUUAUCUUUUUUUUCCAUCUCUUUUCCUUUUUUGGAUUUUUCCCAUUUUGUUUUGCUUUUCUUCCUUUUCGGAUCUUUUUUUUUCCCUCACUAUUUCCUUUUUCUCUUUUACCUUUUCUGUUUUUGUCUUUCUUUUCUUUUCCCUUCUUCUAUUAUCGUCUUUUUUUUUUCUUUUUUCAUUUUGUCUUUUCUCUUUCAUCUUUUUUCUUCUUGUAUCUUUUUUUUUUUCUUUUUUUCUUUUUUUCUUCCCCUUUUCCACCUUCUCGUUUUUCUCUUUUCUUUUCUUUCAUUUCUUCUCCUGUUUCCUUUUCUUUUCUUGCUUUUUCAUCUCGUUUUUCUUUCACCCUUUUUUUUUUUCCUCUUUUUCCUUCUCUUUUUUUCUCCUUUUUCCUUUUUUUUUUUUCUUUUUUUUUCUUUAUUUUCUUUUCAUCUUUCUUUUUCUUCAUCUUUUUUUUGCCUUUUCUUUUUUUUUUCGUAACAUUUUUCUCUUUUUUUUUUUCCGUCAUCUCGUUUUCUUUCACUUUGACUUUUUCUUUCAUCUCUUUUCCGUCUCUGUUCCUUUCUUUACUUUUCCUUCUUUUCUUUUUCUCUUUCUUUUCUUCCUCCCUUUUCAUCUCGUUUUCUUUCACUUUGUCUUUUUUCUUUCAUCUCUUUUCCUUCUCUGUUCCUUUCUUUACUUUUCCUUCUUUUCUUUUUCUCUUUCUUUUCUUCCUCCCUUUUCAUCUCGUUUUCUUUCACUUUGUCUUUUUUUUUUUCUUUCAUCUCCUUUUGUUCCUUUUCUUUACUUUUCCUUUUUUUUUUCUCUUUUUUCUUCCUUCUUUUCUUUUUUCUUUUUUUUUCUUUUUUUCUUUCAUUCUUUUCCUUUUCAUUCUUUUCUUUUUUUUUUCUUUUUCUUUGUCUUUUCUUCCUUUUUUCAUCUCGUUUUCUUUCACUUUGUCUUUUUCUUUCUCUUUUUCCUUUUGUCCCUUUCUUUACUUUUCCUUCUUUUCUUUUUUUCUUUCUUUUCUUCCUCCCUUUUCAUCUCGUUUUCUUUCACUUUGACUUUUUCUUUCAUCUCUUUUCCGUCUCUGUUCCUUUCUUUAUUUUUCUUUCUUUUCUUUUUCUCUUUCUUUUCUUCCUCCCUUUUCAUCUCGUUUUCUUUCACUUUGUCUUUUUUUUCUUCAUCUUUUCCUUCCUCUGUUCCUUUCUUUAUUCUUUUCCUUCUUUUCUUUUUCUCUUUCUUUUCUUCCUCCCUUUUCAUCUCGUUUUCUUUCACUUUGUCUUUUUUCUUUCAUCUCUUUUCCUUCUCUGUUCCUUUCUUUACUUUUCCUUCUUUUCUUUUUCUCUUUUCUUCCUCCCUUUUCAUCUCGUUUUCUUUCACUUUGUCUUUUUUCUUUCAUCUCUUUUCCUUCUCUGUUUCCUUUUCUUUUUUUCCUUCUUUCCCUUUUCUUUUUUUUCUCUUUCUUUUCUUUUUCCCUUUUCAUCUCGUUUUUCUUUCACUUUUCCUCUUUUUUUUUUCUUUCUUUCUUCCUCCUUUUUCUCUGUUUUCCACUUUCUUUUUUUUUUUUCAUCUCUUUUUCUUUUUUCCUUUCUUUUCUUCUUUUCUUUUUUUCUUUUCUUCCUCCCUUUUCAUCUCGUUUUCUUUCACUUUGUCUUUUUCUUUCAUCCUUCUCUUCCUUCUUUACUUUUCCUUCUUUUCUUUUUUUUCUUUUCUUUUUUUCUCUUUUUUUCUUUUCUUUGUCUUUUUUCUUUUCUCUUUCUUCUCUUUUCCUUUCUUUUUUGUUUUUUCUUUUCUUUUUUCUCUCUUUCCUUUUCUCUGUUUUUUCCUUUGUCUUUUUCUUUCUCUUUUCCUUCUUUUCUUUUUUUACUUUUCUUUUUUUCCUUUUCCCUUUUCAUCUCGUUUUCUUUCACUUUGUCUUUUUCUUUCAUCUCUUUUCCUUCUCUGUUCCUUUUCUUUUACUUUUCCUUCUUUUCUUUUUCUCUUUCUUUUCUUCCUCCUUUUCAUCUCGUUUUUCUUUCACUUUGUCUUUUCUUUCAUCUCUUUUCCUUCUCUGUUCCUUUCUUUACUUUUUCCUUCUUUUCUUUUCCUCUUUCUUUUUUUCUUCCUCCCUUUUCAUCUCUUUUUUUUUCUUUCACUUUGUCUUUUUUUUUCUUUCAUCUCUUUUCCUUUUUCUUUCUGUUCCUUUUUUUCACUUUUCCUUCUUUUCUUUUUUACUUUUUCUUUUUUUUUUUCUCCUUUUCUUCUCGUUUUCUUUCACUUUGUCUUUUUUCUUUCAUCUCUUUUCCUUCUCUGUUCCUUUCUUUACUUUUCCUUCUUUUCUUUUUCUCUUUCUUUUCUUCCUCCCUUUUCAUCUCGUUUUCUUUCACUUUGUCUUUUUUCUUUCAUCUCUUUUCCUUCUCUGUUCCUUUCUUUACUUUUCCUUCUUUUCUUUUUCUCUUUCUUUUCUUCCUCCCUUUUCAUCCUUCUUUUUCCUUUUCCUUCUCGUUUUUUAUUUUCUUCUUUUUUUUUUUCUUUCUUUUUUUUCAUCUUCAUUUUUUUUCUUUUAUUUUCCUUGCCCUUUUUUUUCUUUUUCUGUUCCUUGUCUUUCUCUCGUUCUUUCUAUCUACUUUUCCUUCCUCAGUUCUCAGUUGUUUUUUCUAUGUCUCAUGUGUAUGAGUGUGUGCGCCGCUCUCCCGCGCAGGCGCACCGUCUCUUUAUAAUACUUUUUUUGUCUCGCUAUUUCUCUCUUUCCCUUAUUUUUCAAAAUCUUUCUUCAGUCCCCAAACCUAUUUCAAAGUCGGUGUGA